AGAUGGCCAAGUGUCACCGCAACGACGUCGGAUCCAUAGUCCUCGACCGUCCCACCACCACCACCUCCUCCGCCCACUCAUCCCGUCUCUGGUCUUCCUUCUCCGCCGCCUCAUUCCGCCGCUUAAUCUUCGACGCCGUCAGCUGCGGCGCCAGCUCCCGCUACCGCCACGACCCAACCGACGCCCCCGCUCCCUCUCCCGCCAGUCCUCCCGCCAGAUCAACCGUCAAGCAAGAAAAGGAGCAGCCAAAGAAGGCGAAGCCCAAGUCGGAGAAGCUCGCGGAUCUUCUGAACCUGGCGGCGGAAUGGUCGGAGGCCGAGAGCGACGCCGUGACCAAGAAGAAAGUGGAGGCGUUGGAGGAGCUGAAGCGCGUGGCGAGGGAGUUGCAGGUCGAAAACGACGCCGUGGAGAUGAGGAGAGCGGCGGCGAGCGACGUGAGACUGCUGGCCAAGGAAGAUUCCGAAGCCAGAGCCACGCUUGCUAUGCUCGGCGUCAUUCCGCCGCUCGUCGGAAUGAUCGACUCUGAUGACGUCGAUGCUCAGAUCGCAUCGCUCUAUGCUCUGCUCAAUCUCGGGAUCGGCAACGAUGUGAACAAAGCUGCUAUCCUCCAAGCAGGUGCUGUGCACAAAAUGCUGAAGCUAAUUGAAUCUCCAAACUCAUCCGUCACUGAAGCAAUAAUUGCAAACUUCCUUGGCUUGAGUGCUUUGGAUUCUAAUAAACCCAUUAUUGGAUCUUCUGGUGCCAUUCCUUUCUUGCUCAAAACCCUUAAGAAUUCGGACAACACAAUUAGCUGCCAAGCCAAGCAAGACGCUUUGAGAGCUCUCUACAAUCUUUCAAUCUUCCCGUCCAAUGUCGCGUAUAUACUGGAAACUGAUAUGAUCCCAUUUUUCUUUAAUGCAUUGGGAGACAUGGAAGUGAGUGAAAGAAUCCUUGCAAUUUUAAGCAACAUGGUAUCUACCCCAGAAGGCCGAAAAGCAAUUAGCAGUGUACGCGAUGCAUUCCCUGUAUUGGUUGAUGCAUUGAAUUGGAACGACUCCCCUGGGUGUCAAGAGAAGGCAACCUACAUUUUAAUGGUAAUGGCGCACAAGUCGUUUGGGGAUAGGCAAGCCAUGAUUGAGGCAGGAGUCGUAUCAGCAUUGCUCGAAUUAACGCUUUUGGGUAGUACAUUGGCGCAGAAGAGAGCUUCGAGGAUCUUGGAGUGUUUGAGAGUGGAUAAAGGAAAACAGAUAUCACAGAACUUUGGCGGGAGUGCAGCGGUUUCUGCUCCAAUUUAUGGUUCUUCAUCAUCUUCUACAAACCCUAAUCUAGGUUCCAAGGAGUGUUUGGAAGAGGAUGAGAGCAUGAUGAGUGAUGAGAGGAAAGCAGUAAAGCAAUUAGUACAACAGAGUCUGCAGAGCAACAUGAGGAGGAUUGUGAAGAGGGCCAAUUUGCCCCAAGACUUUGUUCCGUCGGAUCAUUUCAAGUCGCUCACCUUAAGUUCAACUUCAAAGAGCUUGCCGUUUUGA